GGCGAGAAGGCAGCCCACGCCUUGCCGAACUCGCCCCGGUUCGCCAAGUCGCAACCCUCAGCAAAAUGCGGCAGACGCUGCUGCGCACCAGGCUCGGCCUCUCACUCGCGGCUUCGGUCGUCGGCGCGGUGCAGAUGGCGCAGCCGGCGCGUUCGCGCUCCUCCUCGGCGGUGCUCCCGCUCGCCUCGAGCAUGCAGAGCAGCCAGCGGGCGACGGCGGUGCUGGUGCAUGGGCUCGACUCGUCCAAGGAGACCUGGUCGGGCGUGCUCGCCGACCUCGCCGCCGCCGGCUAUCCGGCGGUCGCCUACGACCUUCGCGGGCACGGCGAAAGCCCGCUUGGCGAUCCAGACGAGUUUGAGCCCGCUGCGCUGGCGAGCGACGUGCUGGCGGCCGUGCGCGCCGCUGGCAUAAAGCGCUGCGUGCUGGUCGGCCACUCGAUGGGCGGUCGCGUCGCGAUGCGCGCGGCGGCGAUCGAGGCGGAGUCUGGUGGGGCAUCCGUCCUUCGAGCCGUGGUGGUCGAGGACAUGGACAUCUCCCCGCGGACGGCACCGGAGCUGUCGGCCGAGAAGCGGCGCGAGGUGGCGGCGUGGGGCGAUGGCGGCGAGGGUGCCCCAGGCCGGAGGUUCGCCUCGUGGGGAGCAUGCCGGGAGGCGCUGCUCCCGUGGUACGACGCCGACGAGGUGCGUGUCGACUCGUGGCGAAACAAGCGCGUGCGCCCGCACCCCGACUCGAGCUGGUGGUCGGACAUCAACCCGCUCGCCAGGCGGCUCGCGUGGGAGCGCGUGCUCGCGAGCGACGACGGCGCCUCCGCGUGGCGGGAGCUGUCCACAACACGCCCAUGACGCGUCCAUGACGCGUCCCACAGGCGCCUCCGCGUGGCGGGAGCUGGCGGCGCGGAGCGGCUCGGGCGGCUUGCCCUUCUCGGUGCAGCUGUGGCACGCGGACGUGCCUGGCUCGGUCGUCAAGGAGGGGGCGGGCGAGGUGGGGGGCAUCGCCGACAUGAGCGGGCAGAUGCCGGCGGCGAGGGUGCGCAAGUUUCGCGGCGCCGCGCACAGCAUCCACAACUCUGCCAGGGACGAGUUUGUGUCUGCGCUCUGCGCGCUGGUCGACGAGGCGUCGCUCGAGGGGGAGGCUGCGGCGAAGCACGGCACAUAGGGACGAUGCCGCGCGCUACUCGGAGUCGUUUCUGCCCGACAGCGACGCCCGGAUGCCGUCAUCUGAUCUCUCCAGCGUCGGCAUGCACACUCGAGCGCCGCGCAUCGGAGCGUACUGGACGCCAGGAAGGAGCCCGCGCGGCACACCGUCGCGUUGACGCCCUCUCGCCGACGCUGCCGGCGAAAGGUGUACGGCGAGGCCGAGGGCCGAGGCGGCGAGCGUGGAGAGCAUGGUUGCUGGCUGCGGGCGGCAUGCGCGGCUCAGGGGCGCGGCGUCGGGCGCGAGAGCGGCGCGGCCGGGCACGGAGGCCGCGCCGUGGCGGAGGCGACGUGCGGCCCGGCGUGCAGGCAGGGGCGAUGGCGCGUCCGUCGGUGUGCGCGACAAGAGACGAUAGUGAGGACCAGGCGGGGACCAGAGACUUGAUGAGGGCGCCUGGUAGUUCAUGAGGACAGGGUCGGUUAAAUUCUUGAGUACCUGUGUUAGUAGAUGUGUUAGUGCCAGUGCGCGUCCCGAGACGGGGAGUUUCGUUGUAACCAAUUCUUUUGUUCAAUCUCUCAGACUCC